AUGGCCAGGACAAAGCAAACCGCCCGCAAGAGUACCGGCGGGAAGGCUCCGCGUAAGCAGCUUGCCACCAAGGCUGCUCGCAAGAGUGCACCUGCCACCGGCGGUGUCAAGAAGCCGCAUCGUUAUAGGCCGGGCACCGUGGCCCUGCGUGAAAUCCGUCGUUACCAGAAGUCGACCGAGCUGCUGAUCCGCAAGCUGCCGUUCCAGCGCCUGGUGAGGGAAAUCGCGCAGGACUUCAAGACCGACCUGCGAUUCCAGAGCUCGGCUGUGAUGGCUCUUCAGGAGGCUAGCGAGGCCUACCUGGUCGGUCUCUUCGAGGACACCAACCUGUGCGCCAUCCAUGCCAAGCGCGUUACCAUCAUGCCCAAGGACAUCCAGCUGGCCCGCCGCAUCCGUGGCGAGCGUGCCUAAGUUCGACCGCUGUCUGCACCGCGCAGCCUUGCGUCAGGCAAGCAACACAAAACGGUCCUUCUCAGGACCACCUACAUGUCUGCUUCGGCUACGGGAAUACGCGAGACCACGUACUCCGAACCGUACCCCUCUCGGUGUGGUCUGUCUGUGUGUGCUCUCGGCUGGAUGGGAUAUAUACAUAUGCUGAGGAGGCGAGGUGGUGCUUCGCACGAUACGCAAGUGGUGAGUACUGACCGAGCACGAAUCAAAAUAAAGUGCCUGUGCUAG